UUGAGAUUGGUUGGAGGAAGGUGGCCUGGAGAGGGGAGAGUGGAGAUCUAUUACAGAGGUAGCUGGGGAACUGUUUGUGACGAUGGCUGGGAUAUAGAUAAUGCGCGAGUUGUCUGCCGUCAACUUGGGUAUGCUUCUGCUCUCAGUGCUCCACACAGCGCCCGGUUCGGUCAAGGAAGUGGAAAGAUUUGGCUGGACGAUGUUCAGUGUCAGGGAUAUGAAAGUUCCAUUGCGAUUUGUAGGCACCGUCCAUGGGGUGUUCAUAACUGUGUACACUCUGAGGAUGCAUCAGUGAUCUGCUCGAGUAAGUAUGAUAUUCAUAAAUGGUGAACAACUUAAUUGGCUAUUCACCGAGCAUGGGACGACCGAAGAGAAAACGCGGAAAACCCCAACUUUUAUUUCGAUACAGGGCGAUAAAAUUAGGCCUGUCCCGAUUUUAGCAUUUCUGGGAAACUCUGAGAAAAAAAUAUAAGUUUAGAGCACAUACUAAGAUUAAAAAGUGAAAAAAAAAAUGCAAUUUGUUUACAGUUGGAACAGGCCUAGAAAAAAUCCAGCGCCCUAAGACACCAGAAGCCACGUCGGCCAUAUUAAUUGCCUUCCGUUCAUGACUUUAACUUCAGCAGAAAAUCAUUAGCUGAUCUCUGAUGAGGAUCUGUUCUUGUUUUAACAGCCUAUUCAAUCCCUUUACCCUCUGCAAGUUCAGUCGCACCCACAGCAGGUAAUUGCAAGUUUGUGCAAUAAAACAUGCUUCACAGGUAUGACAAACUGUGUUCAGUGCGACGGUGUGUUUGUCGUCAUUUUCUUCGAAACAAUUUAGAAUCUGAAAAAAAAAAACAAUUAUUGGAUUCGGUUGUUGCAGUAAACGGAGUAAUCAAGGAGUCGAAAAUUGGUAUUAGCCAAGGCUGAUUAUUCCGGAUAUUACAAAAACCGAAUCGGGCAAUAAUGGUUUAGUAAUCUGUUCCAAAAACGCACGAACAAAUUAAAACAAUAACUGUUAAUAAUAGUAAAAACUUUACUGGUAACACAAACACUGAUAAAGCCGGUGGUUUUAGGUUUUGGUGUAUAAAUGUUAAGGGUUGGAAUGGACAAACAAAGUUAAUGAUGCUAAACUCAAAUGCAAUGUUUUAAAAUUUAAUUGCAGCCUCUACACAAUUUCCAGUAUCUUCUGUUUCGCUUCCUGUAUAUGGUGGUAAGAAUAAGCAAAACUGCUUUUAUAAUAACUUACUCGAUAGGCUUCUACUUACUCUUAUUGUAAAGUAGUUUUAAACGUUAACAAGACCGGAGAGAUGAACUCGCGACAAUUAAGAACAACCUCAACUAGUGACAAUUCAAUUCAAUUUUAUUAUUCACACUUUAUACAUUAUAUAUAGUAAGGUAGGAAUACACUAAUAAAGGAGAAGAAGAAGGAAAAAAAGAAAAUUAAUGGCUUGGGUAGAAGUGUACGGUGGUCAGAGGAGCUUAGCUUUCGAGCUAAUCACCGCUAUAUUAUGAUUGGAAAUACAUAAUAAAUAUGCGCUUGGUGCAAUGGCAAGUAUGGACGAUUAUGCCAGCAGUCAGGUUUUGUGAGACAGUCAUAUUACAAUUGUCACCUUUGAGAGUUAACUAGAAUUCGCUUAUAUUCUUUUUUGACCUCAUGGUAGCUAAGUGUUUUUAUCUUAGUAGGAAUCUCUUGCCAAGUUUUGGUUAGGCAAACUUAAAUGGGUGUUUGCCGUAAUUUACCUUACACGUGGUACAUGCAUGAAAGUUAAGAUUUGAGACAUAUCUGGUAUUGUGUGAGUGAAUAUCAGACACCUUUACGAGGUAAUAUGAAACACUUCAUCGAUAUUGGCUUCAUUUUGUGAGAUUUUGUGAGCUAGUCCCGAAGAGGGACCGUUAAGACACGAAGCAUUUUCAUUGUUAAUAUGUAUCGCGCCAUAAAGUGCUUCAAAAAAUGGCUUGACUUGAUUUGGUCGUGUAUGUAUAACUGAAACAUUUGUAGAGAUUACCGGUCUAGUAGCUUCAGUCAUGGACGUCUUUAUGGGACUUUCUGUCAUUUGACCUAUGGUGUAUUAAGAUGACAAGAAGCAAGAAUGUAAUUAUGCAUACAUGUAUACAACUUACAGUACUCAUAGGUAGGCCCUUUUAAAUUCAUUAUCACCUUUUCUCGUGAGUACAAUCUCUUGAAGGGAGUCAAUUUACUUCCAUAAAAUCAGUAAUAAAACGCAACUUUUUAUACGUCAGGUGUGAGAUUGGUUGGAGGAAGUUGGUCCGGAGAGGGCAGAGUGGAGAUCUAUUACAGAGGUAGCUGGGGAACGGUUUGUGACGAUGACUGGGAUAUAAGAGAUGUGCGAGUUGUCUGUCGUCAACUAGGGUAUCCUUCUGCUGUCAGUGCUCCACACAGAGCACGGUUUGGCCAAGGAAAUGGAACGAUUUGGCUGGACAAUGUUCAGUGUCAGGGAUAUGAAAGUUCCAUUGUGAAUUGUAAUCACUCUUCAUGGGGUGUUCAUAACUGUGGUCACAGUGAGGAUGCAUCUGUGGUCUGCUCGAGUAAGUAUGAUAUUUAUUUAUGGUGAACAACUUAAUUGGCUAUUCACCGAAUAUGGAACGACCGAAGUAGUUAAAACUAUGCCUGUCCUGAUUGUGCUCUGAACCCUUUGAGCAAUUUUUUUGUCGGUUCUAGCAACCUUGACAAUUUUUAGCCGUUCUGGGCAAUUUUGAGCAAAAUAUAAGUUUAGAGCACAUAUCAAGCACGAAAAAGUGAACAAAGGCACUUCGGCCUUCAGUUCCUCUACACUUUGACUUCAGUAGAGAAUCAUAAGCUGAUCACUGAUGAGGAUUUGUUCUUGUUUUAACAGACUAUUCAAUCCCUUUACCCUCUGCAAGUUCAGUCUCACCUACAGCAGGUAAUUGCGAGUUUGUGCAAUAAAACAUGCUUCACAGGUACAUUAUUUUAGAAUUGCAGAUCAUUUUGUGAGAGGACACUUUUUGUAAGUGAAACCAUGACGAAGAAAAAAAAUUGGUGUUAAAAUUAUUCUUUGCUGAAAUUUAAGCGAAUAAUAGGAAAACGGAAGCACAGGUAACUUUAACAUGUGCAGUCGGCCUGUCUAACCUAAGAUUAUUAAAUGUCAAACCAAUGACUCUCCUGUUAACGUUUCAUUUGUAACGUGAUAUUGGUCUAUUUUCCCCAUAUGAACGCUGGAUUUCAUUUGCAGGUGCAGGUGAAGAAUGAACCUGUAGGGAUUUAAGACUUCAAGGGUUCGAGUGACCUUUUAGCUUAGUCACACUCCAAAAUAUGCUAAUAACACGCUUGUGCUUAUAUUAAACUAUAUUUAUUGUAUUAAAUACAAAAUGUUAAAUCAGUUCUUCUUUCUCUAAUGUUUUCAGCAACUCCCACCGGUUGGCCUUUAGCAUCGAGUGAGUAAAAUCAUUGUGGAGUCCCACUCGCGCGCGAGCAAGGCAAAUUUGGUUAUCAAUCCAGUCCGAGAAGUUUUGGUAGUCACGUGACAGUACAGUCGUCAGUCCAUCCACCCGUCCGCCUUCACCACAGGGCAACAAUGUGAAAUCUCACACUUUUUCGCUGGUGUGAGAGCCUGCAACCUGAUAUUUUACAUCCGUGUUGUGGUCAAUUGACUGCUGUCAAAACAGUAUGCACUGACCAGUAUCAGAUGACCUUUUCGCGGGCAGAGGUGUGGACCCAUCGAGGUUACGCGUUUUUAUGAAGUUAUCCGCUGACAAGUUACGAGUAUUCAAUUCCAAGUGCAAGAGCUUUGCCUUUAGCUUUGGUUAAAUCUAUAUAUUACAAAUCAUCAGUAACGCAGCCGAAAAGAAAACAAUGUUGAUUAUACGGAGAAAGGAUGCUUAUACACUUGAGUAUUCUUUCUUCUCCUUCAUUAGCUAUAUAAAACAACUUUCUAACAAACAAAAAUUUGAUGAAGAUUAUUUCUUGCUGGAAAUUAAGGAAUAACACCCCCCCUGUCGCCAACGGCGACAUUUAUAUGCCGGCUUAUCUCAACACAUUGCAAUUAACAGUGGGGUUUUCUAAUGCUCAACCACCAAUUAUUCUCCUGUUUACGUUUCUAACAUAAAAGGUGCAUCUUCCCUUCAUAACAAUAACAACGCUGGGUUUAAUUUCACGCGGUUGCAGGCGAAGUAGCAAAUAAAAGCGUCUGGAUUUAAGGGUUAGAGCUCGAGUUACAGGACCUUUAGCUUAGCCAAAUCCCAAAAACCUGCGAAUUAAUCUCUCCAAUGCCCUGUUUUAAAUUAGCAAUUUUUAAUUCAGCUCUACCUUAUCUAUUUUUUUUUUCAGGAAUGCCCACCUUUUGGCCUUCACCAUGGAGUAAGUAAAAUCAUAUUAAUUCAGUCAAGCGGAAAAGAAAAGAAUGCUGAUUAAUGUAACAUUCAGUUUGGUGAAGACAAGAGAGUAUAAUUGGACAGAGAAAGAAUCUUAGGGCAUUUAAGUAAAGUUAUUUUUGGAGGUUGUAAUUAAACGGAAGUAUAAUUCCUGAGACCUCGCACAUUCUUGGCGAAGGUUAUUCUUGCUGGCACUCAACGAAUAACAUCCCAUGGUGACAUUUAAAUGUACUGUCGACCUCUCUAAACACAUUGUAGCUAACAAUUAGAUGUUUUGAUGUCAAACUUAUUACUCUCCUAUUGACGUUUCAAACAUAUCCCAUUAACUUAGCUACACCCAAAACUCUGCGAAUUAAACCUUGUGCUAAUAACACGUUUGUGCUUAUAUUACAAUUAGUUUAUUGUAUUAGCACAAAAUUUUAAUUCAUUUCUACUUUUUCGAAAUUUUUUUAGUAAUCCCCACCACUCGGCGUUCACCAACGAGUAAGUAUCUAAAACUCAUACAAAUUAUUGGUCAAGCAGAAAAAAGAAUAAUGCUCUGACAGAUCUAGAGUGCCUUGUUUAAUAUGUUAGGAAUCUGAAGCAAAUAUGAAAACGAAGACAGCGAAAAUGACGCAAAAAAAGGCUCCCUAGGAUAAGCUAAAAGCACCCAAAGCUUAAGCUAAGAGUGUUACGUGAAUCACUGAAAACUGGAUUCUGACGUCAUAUGACGUUAUAGAACCUUCACUUUGAAUUUUGAUCCCCUCAGUAACCCAGUUAACAACGACUUCAACAUACUGAAAUAUUUAUUUUAGCAUUUUCUUCUUAAAAUAAUACAUUUGAGAAAUAAGUUAUACCUGUAAUUAAGGUGAUAAUUACACGAGACGAUUUACAACGACGAUUUCAUGGAUUCGUGAUAUUUUUUCUUGUUUAUCACUCUUUUACUCGUAGGACCCAGGUUUGCCUUUACUAUUUCAUGCUUCCCCUCUGCCAUGGUGGCUCACAUAUCACGUGACAGUUUGCCCUUGGGAUCGGAUCCCCGUCUACUUCAUCUUAACGAUCCCAGCUGUGGUGUGAAUUAUGUGACCAAGAAGAGUGUUAUAAUGAAGGCUCCUCUGAAAGGCUGCGGAACAGUUCGAAGGUAAAAAUGAACUCUGAAAAUACGGAUCAAUAACGUAAUUAUUGGUAAUUAGUGAGCAACAAGUCCCCUUUUGAUUUCAGCGCUGUUAAAUAUAUUAUAUAUCAAAAAAAUCUUAUUUUGUUAGAUGUAGACAUGACAGUGGACAUGACAGUUUAAUAACCUGCUACACAACUGGCAAAAACACUGUGAAGCUUCCGGAGAUGUUUUGCCCUAAAAUGAAGUUUAUAUUUUCCAAUCGUUUUAGGAACUUUGAUUUUACGUACGGGUCAGCCUAGUUUUGAGAGAAAUACAUUUGUUAUUUUUAACACGGAUUCCUGUUGACAACUAUGGAGCUCUGAAUUUUUAUCUUGCAUGUUUGACCAGGAACAUCGGGUACAGAGUAUUCUUCCAUAACAAGGUGGUGGUACCCUUUGGAUAUGGAAACAAGAGAUCUUUGUCCGUGUUUCCGUUCAAGUGUGUUUACAGUCAUUUUGGCUUUCCUUGAGAAGUGUUUCAAGCUACUCCGUAAUCACAACUAAGGUAAGAAAUGAUGGAUGCACUGUGAUUUUGCCAAUUAUUAAGUGUACUCUUUCAGUGUGCUCGGUUUUCACCUUAACUUGUUGAAGUGCAAUUAAUUCAUAGAGAACAAAGGAAGUCAAUUCCUUAAAGUAAGUUAACAAAUGAUAAUCAAUUUAGUUACCAUAGCUUUAAAUUUCUUUAAGGAUUGUUACCACAAUGGCUUCAGCGAAGCUACAGAGAUUUUAUCACCCUCUUGAAAGGAAAACCGCGCGAAAACGAAAACUCCCAUUCUGCCAUCCUCGAUUUCGGGGGAAGGGGCUCUGUCACUCAGAGCCCAUGUGGUCAGUUAAUUAGAUGACCUUAGUUUCGACGUUUUUAAAACGAACUCUUCUUUGCAGUCAAAGUAUUUUAAACCCCUUUCGUCAUUUAUUAUCAAGAUGAUUUUAGUCAUUUUACUUUGCGAAAGUUACCCAACAUAUGAUAAACACAAUUUUCGACAACUUUCAAAUCUGUUUUCCUUUUUUUUCACAGGUGUUUUCUCGGUAUGAUAACCAUCAGCAGUUACAAAAGUAAUUUAAGAGGCAAAUUUUAGCAAUACUUGUAUCUAUAAGGAGCUGUUUUAGUUUAUGGUUGCAGUAAUUAUAAUUUUGAAAAAUACCAGAAAUAACUAAAGUAAUAAACAUCAUCUUAAUGACGUGACCAUUGCAGUUAGCCCAAUGUUUGACCUUUGACCAGCCUGUUGGUGUACAAGGUUAAGGGGGAAUGCUACACCCAUCUUGCAGAUUUCUCUGGUUUGAGAGACAAAAUGAAAAAUACGUGCUUUCCCACAAUUACUUGUUUAUGUAUUAGACAGUCAAUGAAAUGCAAGCUAGAAAAAUUAAAACCAUAAGAGAUGAAUAUGACUCCCUCCAAGAGCAAGAGCCAACGUUUGAAUUUGAAGUCUAGAUAGAAUUAUAACCAUGAAAGAAGAUUGCAAAACACAAUUGAAUCUCGAGCAAUCACCAAUCCCAAAACCUCUUGUAACGUAAUAUGUUUAAUCCAAGAAUCGUCUGAGAUGGCAAACGGCAGAUAGAGCCAACUUCUCGGUGAUGACCGAAAAAACAUUUACAAAGAAAGUAAAGAAGUCAAGGACCACAACGGCAUGAGAUUCCCCUAGCUCCCUCAAAAAAGCGCCCUCGAUCUCGUCCGACAAUACUCAUCCUCGAGUUAUUUGUUUUCUAAUGCCAGUAUUUCUUAUAAUCGUAUCUGUCUUAAAGAAAUAGUUUGGCUAACUAAUAAAUUUACUUAACCCUGGGACCAAGUAACUUUCUACUUCAAAAAGAGCAUAUUGUUUCACGCUGGAUUACUGAACAUUCUUCUUUAUUGGGAUGAUAGUCUAUUAAAUUUUUCAGCCAUUCAGAACACUUUAAUUUGAAAUUUUCCCGAAGAGCAUAUUAUACUCCCAAACCCCGUGGUACCCUAAACCUUUACGCAUUCGAAUCAGCCCUUCUUUCACUUUAACCGGCCCCUCUCCUUACCCCUCCACGACCUACACAGAAGUUCUAACCUUGCUGCGCUCCAUGGAAUUGUGCAGACUAUAACAUAUGCUGACGUCUCUAAGAAAUGCAAAAACAGCGAAGCGCGAAGCCGUUUUUAAAAGAGUUUCAUGUUAUUGGACCCCCUCGAGGUUGAGAUAAACAUUCGCGAAUUCUGUUGCUGUUUUAGUCAAAGUGCGUUUAAGCGUUCGUCGCCAUUUUGAAAGUCACUGAAACAAGAUUUGACGUCAUACUGCUUGUGGGCUCAACUAUCCGCCUUGAUGAAGCCCCUCUCUCCUUGGUGGAACGAUUUUUCUUGAGAAUAAAUUUACAUAAAGAAAUCCGGGUGACCUCUUCUCAACGCAGUCAACGAAAGGAUCGUGAAAUAAGGACUAAGAAAUGCGCAUACGCCUUUUUAAAGUCUAUUGAUGCUUCUAUAUGCAAUAAAGGCAAUUUUUAAGAUCAAAUACAUCGAAGGGGAUCAACUGAGCUACAUGUACACUCGGCUAGGUUAUAUUCUCUUGAGUAUUGGGCAAUUUCUUGUUAGGGAAGAGUAGUUAUUCUAAGAGUAUAAAUCUUUUUUAAAAAAUUAUCAUUUCAAAAUCUAAGAUGUUCUGUUCAGAUGUCUUAAGAGUCAAUGUCAGUAAGAAUCGGACAUAAUUACAAAAUCACGGACACAGUUCAAAAAUCGUUUUCGCUGAUACUUUAUACAUUGAUAGAGUAAUGUAUCGUAGUUAACAAAAUAGGGCUAUUUUUCUCUAAUUUUUGCGUUUAUAAGGGGAAUUAAAUAAAAUCGGUUGGGUCCGUUUUGAACCAAAAGGGUAACGAACAACCUGCUUUAUGGUGUGGACAUCACUUAGCGUGCAGAUCCACGUCGAGUGAUAAAUUCUGAAUAUUUUUAACCCAAACGAUUCUCAAGGGAAACAUCGUGAAGUGAAAUUCGUGGCAAAGAUGGUGGAUAGCUCGGUUACUCAGCCAAAACAUGGCGUUUUGCAAAGAAUGACGGAAAACAUCUCGACGCUCUGGCGGGGCCCUAUGGCGGGGGAAAAAAAGGGAAGAUGUUUUGCCCGUUUUUUGCCUUUUUUUUUUCCUACCGCAGAGCCGAUCCUGAUCCCAUGUUAAGUUGUCUUGAGCUGAUACAAUGUCGUUAAGGGGUUUGAGGCAGGCUUAUACCAACCAGGACGGGUGAGGACGAGAUUAGGGAGUUUAAGCACAGCGUCGUCCCCAAAGCCUCCUGGGGGCCUGAGCACGAGGACCAGGAUGCUCUGGGAGCACAGGAUUUCAAGUCCUAGAUUAAUUAGGACUUCCGGUCAUUUCCGAUUCAAAAAUAAGUUGGAGGAUUCUCUUUUAAAAGCUUUGAAACACCUAAAUUUACAGUCAUUGACACUGCGGUAAGAGCAAGUGAAUGCUGUUAGAAACGUUGUAGAAAAUCAGAAAUGGCCGGAAGACCUAAAAUCUAGGACGUUAAAUCCUGUUUCCCUAGAGUAACCCUAGAGCCUCCUGGCCCUCGUGCUCAGGCCCCCAGGAGGCUGCUUAGACGAGAAUGGUUUAAGCACAGCUGGAGCAACCUCGUUCCCAGGGUCCUCUAAAUUGCGACUCGAACUAUCAGAGAGUUUAAUCUGCUAAAAUCAACGUCAAAUUCAUCCAGCACAAUGACAUUUGAAGGUUUUCAUAGCAUUAGCAAACCUCCUUUUCGGCUUGUUUCGGCUAUUUCACGAAAUGAGACCGGACUACUUCGUGAUAUCUUGAGAUCACUUCCAGUUUAGUCUUUAGGACUAAAUAGAGGAUAUUACGUGACCGCGAGGACACGAAAUUUCUCUUCGAGUGUUGAAAAACAUUUUACGAGUGAGCGCUCCUUUCGAACUAUUUUAUGAUGAAUUUAAAGUUACAAGAUGCUCCGCAAAGACAUUUUGUCUUUGUUGAGUGUUACGUAGUAAAAUUACUUUCAUGCUUUGCGUGACUUUCUCGAACGUUCUCUAGGGCAUGUUUACAUUUCAGCAAAAGUCAGCAGAUUUGCAUCAGUUACUGAAAUCAUAAAAUAUGUCGAAAAGCUACUACUAUUCGCCUGUUUAGUAUUUUCUAGAACCUUAUGUCAAACGGUCUACAAGUUCCAAGCGACUUCUUUUGACGAACUAAGUUUUUUCCCACGAGCUUGACUGCUGUGUUUAGUCAAGUGUGACCAAGGUCGAUUUUCAAGUUCUGUUUACAAGUUGGCGGUCUGAAGUUCAAGUGAGAGUUUGUUAUUAUUUGUAGAGGCUGUUUAGUUUUACUUAAGUUCAAGUCAAGUUUGUGUUGGCGGAUGCUGUAAAGGCUAUGUUCCUCUGGUAUUAAACUUCCUCGUUGUAAUCCGACAUCCCUCCGUGCUGAUAGUCAGUGAAUAAUUAUCCUCAAAACAAUUGAGUUUUAGCCAAUUCCAUGCUCAACGCAAUUGACUCCUUACCCAUGCCUUACAUAUCUUUAAUCAGUACACGAGACUGCUAUGCUGUUUUUGAAGCCUGAUGUGACUAAGAAAGAGAGAGAAUUAUUUUUUCACUGUUUGUUUUGUUAGACUUGUUAUUCACCGCCAGUAACCUCAUAUUUGACUUAGGUCUAAACGUUUAGACCCAAGUCAAAUUUAGAAGGAUUUGUAUGGAGUCAUCAGAGCAUAACUGGGCUAAUAUCUCAAAGACAAUUUGUCCCGAAAUGCUCGUUUUUGGCAAAUAGGCCUCUUGGACGUUGCUCUUUUCAGAAUAUCCUGACAAAUCCCAUAAUUUCACAAAUUAGCACCUCACUCUUACCAUAUUUCAUUUCUUACUAUUCCUCCGCAUUUACAAUUAAUCAGUUCCACAACCACGACGCCGAAGUGUACGCUCCGUAGCGUCUUGUUUGUUUAUAUAAUGCCGUAUUACACGUCCUUAUUUGCUAUGGAAAUUGAUGCCAAACAAAUAUCCCAAGCAUUAGCUAAGCAUUACUUCAAACCAUAGUUAGUAGAGGAGACUGAUCAGGAAAGCCGCAAACAGCAAAGUUGAAAACAGUAGUUUAUUUUGGAAGCUUCCCGACUAUGGCGCGCGGUUUGUUUCAAAAUCCUCAUUGACAGUCAGUAGUGCGUACAACCGACAGAGUAGUGCGUACAACUGACAGAGUAAUGUACACAACCAACAGAGUAGUGCGUACAACCGACAAAGUAAUGUACAUAACCGACAGAGUAAUGUACAUAACCGACAGAGUAGUGCGUACAAUCGACAGAGUAAAUCUUUGCAACCGACAGAGCAGUACGUACAACCGACAGAGUAGUACGACAGAGUAAUGCACAUAACCGACAGAGUAGAAAUGCCGUUGCCAGCGACCAAGAGUUCAUCUAUUCUAUCGAGGUAUUUCUCCACAGAAAUAAUAUCAAUGUGCCAGCUUUUAAAGAUAGAGUGCAAGUAAUAGUUAAAGGUAAGCAUCAAAAGGCUCCUUUNACGCAAUUGACUCCUUACCCAUGCCUUACAUAUCUUUAAUCAGUACACGAGACUGCUAUGCUGUUUUUGAAGCCUGAUGUGACUAAGAAAGAGAGAGAAUUAUUUUUUCACUGUUUGUUUUGUUAGACUUGUUAUUCACCGCCAGUAACCUCAUAUUUGACUUAGGUCUAAACGUUUAGACCCAAGUCAAAUUUAGAAGGAUUUGUAUGGAGUCAUCAGAGCAUAACUGGGCUAAUAUCUCAAAGACAAUUUGUCCCGAAAUGCUCGUUUUUGGCAAAUAGGCCUCUUGGACGUUGCUCUUUUCAGAAUAUCCUGACAAAUCCCAUAAUUUCACAAAUUAGCACCUCACUCUUACCAUAUUUCAUUUCUUACUAUUCCUCCGCAUUUACAAUUAAUCAGUUCCACAACCACGACGCCGAAGUGUACGCUCCGUAGCGUCUUGUUUGUUUAUAUAAUGCCGUAUUACACGUCCUUAUUUGCUAUGGAAAUUGAUGCCAAACAAAUAUCCCAAGCAUUAGCUAAGCAUUACUUCAAACCAUAGUUAGUAGAGGAGACUGAUCAGGAAAGCCGCAAACAGCAAAGUUGAAAACAGUAGUUUAUUUUGGAAGCUUCCCGACUAUGGCGCGCGGUUUGUUUCAAAAUCCUCAUUGACAGUCAGUAGUGCGUACAACCGACAGAGUAGUGCGUACAACUGACAGAGUAAUGUACACAACCAACAGAGUAGUGCGUACAACCGACAAAGUAAUGUACAUAACCGACAGAGUAAUGUACAUAACCGACAGAGUAGUGCGUACAAUCGACAGAGUAAAUCUUUGCAACCGACAGAGCAGUACGUACAACCGACAGAGUAGUACGACAGAGUAAUGCACAUAACCGACAGAGUAGAAAUGCCGUUGCCAGCGACCAAGAGUUCAUCUAUUCUAUCGAGGUAUUUCUCCACAGAAAUAAUAUCAAUGUGCCAGCUUUUAAAGAUAGAGUGCAAGUAAUAGUUAAAGGUAAGCAUCAAAAGGCUCCUUUUCUUCGCUUUCCACCGGUAUUUCAUUUUUUUCCAGAAAAUCCAUGCUCAUUUACUAGGCACAGUGGAACCUCGAUAUAACGAAAUCUCGCUAUGGCAAACAAAUUUUGCCAGUCACUUGGCACUUCGUUGUAUCGAGGUUCCACUGUAUUAAACUUAAAGCUCCCGUCUUAAUACUCUGCCUUUUAUAAAGUUCAUUGUGCCUCUUCGAUUCAUUUCGCCUCUCUCGAGAAGGGCGUAUCCCCGGCUCAAACUUUCGGUUACUCGGGUGGUCCUCUGUGUGAGAGGCAGCUAUAAAACCAAGCAUACUUAAUACCUAUGCCUUUUUCACCCCCUCUCAAUCACGGCCCUCCUCUGGGAUGGGUAACCUAUGUUGAUCGGUGCAGCCUCGGCUUUAAAUAGGGAGUUUAAGAUACGGAGACUACGGACUACGACUACGGUUAAGCAUGCUACUGCGCAUGAUCAAAACCACGUGACUGUUCAUUUUUCCCGCAUAGUCCUGCGGCUACGGUGAGUUGUUGAGCUGUUUCGUGUAGUCGGGACUACGGAGAACAUUUUGCUCCUAUUUUGCCGUCUCGGUAAUUCUAGAAUCUCGUCUUUUCGUAAAAAAAUUUUCAAUUCACCUGCUUUAAGUGAGAGGGAAGCGAAAUAUGUAAGUUGUGUCCAAUUUCUGCUCAGAUUUACGCUUUUAAUCCACUGUUGUGACUACAUUUCGAUACAUUUUUAUCUAGCUAAGCUCAUAUUUAAAUGAGCUUAGCUUUUUAUACGCAGAAUUCAGAUUGACGGCCUAGGAGAAGAGAAAUCGUGCAGGUAAUUUACUUCUCUUCGCACUUGAAAAGUUUCAAUGUUUGUCCAAACUGAUUAGCGCGUCUUUCUACUUGUGUAACCUUUGUUUAUGCGAGUUUUUGUAUCGCGCCAUUUGCUGAAUGGAAAUGAUGUCAAUCAAAACUAGGCAUUUCAAUACUUCAAACUACAUCAGAUCAGUAGUCGGAGAAGUCCAUCUUCUAAAUCUAACAAAUGAGCUAUUACUAUUUCUGUCUAUUUCUUUAAUAUUUGACAUAAGUAUUCAUGGGCGAAAAAAUAAAACCUGUGUAACCAAAGCUUUGUUUACCAAUUUCACCCGACGUAAUUGCUUCCUUCUAGUAUGGAAGCAUUUGGUCAUUGUUCUAAAGAAAAGAUCACAUGCAAAACUGACUUGCAUUUUUGUGAACAGUGAUGAAAACAAGAAAAUCUUUGCGUGUUGUUUCCCUCUCCGCCUCUUCUCUCGUAGUCUACUGUCUGUAGUGCAAUCUUAACGUUCUAUAUUUGCACGACUCAACCCAGUGCUACAAACAAAGGACAACGCUCGUCCAGCCGUAGUUCGUAGUCCGUAGUCUCCGUAUCUUAAACUCUCUAAUAAGGCAGUCAUUCGAAAAAGCGCGGCAGCGCUCAUAAAGUACUGUUUUCGGAGGAUUAUUUACAGGCGGCGCUGUAUAUAGGACUACUCAGUUUGAAUACCAAACAAUAACUAAUAGUUAUUUCUUUUCCUUUGUUCAAAAUGAUAAGAACAGCAUUAAAAAAUGAUCGAAAAUUUUUAAUUUCUAAUAUAAUUAACAAUUAUUCGCCGAAGGCGAAGUUAAUAAUGUUGAAUAAUCCCCGAAAUUAAGAGUAAUCCCCGAGUAAAAAUUCUGCCUAUUUUAGCUUCACCGACUGUUAUUUGGAAAAUUGGUGCUAGCCUGCGUAGCAGGCGUUGAAAGGGAUAGGGGAUAGGGACGCAGCCGUUAGCCUGCCACGCAGGCUAAUUGGUGCCUAAAACAGGCACGUUGAUUUUCAGUUGUGACUGAUUUAUUUCUUUGAUUCUUUCUUUGUAUUUUACUAAAUUCCGCCACAUUUUGCCAUACCACAAGUCUUAACACUUCAUGCUAUAGCGAAAACUCAUUCCGUUUUACUUUUCAGUAAUUUAUAAUAAUUCCAGUGCCCCUGUAAUUGACGCUCGAGUAUGGUCGUCCGUUUUGAUUUAUUUCGGCUCUAUUUGAAGGCUUUUCGUGCCACACUAGUAACAAGCACUUACGAGCUGAAGGUCUGAUAUCAAUAUUCAGGACACCGAGAUAACUGACCCUUUAACAGUGAAAUAUAUAGCUAUCUAACUUUGAUCUAAUAACCACAUGAAUUUACUCACGUCUCACCACUACGAAUUGCGAAACAUUUGCUCCGGGUCAUAAACACUUAGUUCUUCAUCAAAGCAAGGAAAAAAUUCAGAGAUAGUAACCAAUACUGUGUAAAAGCACUUUGUACGAAAGUGCCUGUAAGACAACAAGGAUACUAAUUCGGUAAUGAUAAAAAAUUUUUAUCAGUUAAAACAAAAGAAUAUUUUUCAUAAAAUAGCUGUGUACCCUUUGAAGUACCGAUUCUGGUACGUUUUCAGAACGUAGUUGACAGGUUUUUCGGGCGACCCUAGCUGGAAAAGCCUUUGCAUGCAGGUUGAGUGUCUGAUAUCACACCGUAGCAAUGUUCACUUAACCAAGACGUUCCUUGAUGAUUAUAUUCGUCAUUUCCGUACAGAAAAAAAAAACAGGUUCCAUCAAUGCUUGCCAAGAACAGCUAAGCGAUAAACCCACUUACACCUUCAGCAGAGUAUUGAAUCACUAGAAGCUCUCCGGUAGACAUAUAUGAUUGCACCUUAAGCCUGGAAGUAUAUCAUUCUGAACGUGCACGGCCGCUUUCAUGAUCAGUCAGCUUAGAAUGAUGAGCCUACAAGUUUUUCUGCUACUGCUUUUAUCCCAGUGGGCUGCCUUAUUCCAAGGUAAAUGCUUCUAUAUUGUGUUGAAAAUUGUUUUUCUUCAGCUGAUCAUAUAUCAAAGUAUGUUGUUUUUGAGACGCGAUCUUGAAAGGUUGGUAAGCAAGCGUGAAAUUCAUUAACGCGUUUGUAUGAGAAUCCUAAUACUUUUUGUGAAAGUCUACUCUGGCUCCAGAGGUCCGUUCUCGGAAUAACGAGGAUGGAAUAAACCGUGCUCACGGUUAACGGACCUUUGGUCACGAAACAAGUAGCCUCACUUCCAUGCGAGAAAUCAGCUCAGAAUCCAGCCAAACCUGGGUGUCGCCGCGAACUAUCAGGAAUUAGGUUAGAAGCAAAAGAAUCUAGCCCCCAUGGUAGUGAAAAUCUGGCUAAAAAAAAAAGGAAAUCGCAGCCUUAAACUAAUGAAAAAGGAUUUUUCAGACAAAAUUUGAGGGCCGAACUUGCGCUAGAAUCGCUUCUUUAAAUAUUUUUGAAAAAAUAAAAAGUUAAAACGUUAUCUGAGUUCACUCAGGUGGUCUAAAACCACAGGAACAAAGAAAAAAGGGCUGAUAGUAGUAAAUCUUAAUUGGGUAACACAAACACUGUUAGAGCCGGUAGUGUGGGUUUCUGUGUGUUUGUGUGUAUACAGUCUGAUAUGCUGCCAUAUUGUACCCUGCACAAUAAACUUAUUUAAAUUAUCUUACUGAAUCUGGCUUCUUGGCAUUUUUAACUUACUAGUUAUUUCAGGAAGUCAGUACCCCUUUUAGUUAAUUGAUUAAUUUAACAGCUUGUAAAUAACUAUAAUUUUCUGCUUUGGGAACAAUAAAUUGUUGUUGUUGUAGUUUUAGGUUGUCGCGCAUAAAUAUUAACGGUUAGAAAGGCAAGCAAAAUUAAUAAUGCUAGACUCAAAUGUGUUGUUUUAAAUUUUCUUGCAGCCUCUACACAAUUUCCAACAUCUUCUGUUUCGCCUCCUGUAUAUGGUAAGAAUAAAGAGCGAGGCUUUCUAACGGUUUACGAAGAGAUGAGCUCGCGACAAAUUAGAGAAACCCCGGCUAGUGACCGGAGAGGGAUUUGAAUCUGGGGACACCGAGAUGAAAUCCAGCCUUACUAGAUGCUAAGCAUAUUUAUGCGUAUUCUCAGCACAUACAUUAGUGUUUGUCCCGUCUAAAAUUUUGCAAAACCUUAAUGUUUUUUAUCUCUCCUGGGUAUUACAGUCACCCCAAGCCGAGAAGUUGAAAACAAUGCUUAUGCAAAAUUUUGGGCGGCGGAGACAUGGGAGAUGUGCAAGCGGCGAAUAACUAUGUUUAAAGCAAAAAUAUCAACUCAUGGCUACUAGUUUGCAAUUUAAAACAAUAAAACUCAUGCAAAGGCCAAUUAAAAGCCUUUAUAUCACGUCGAGCAGUACGUUUAUGGUCCCUGGAAGCCCUGACGAAGUCCAAAUUUAAAAUGACGCAAAUUUUAGGACAUAUUCAGUAAUCUGACUUCGUGAAGUUUCAAACCGGCGUCAUUUCAGUCUAGAAUUUUUUUUAGUUAAGUGAACUCCAGUGAAAGAGUGCCUGGUUAAGGCUUACAUAAGAACUUAAAUAUUUGACAAAACACUAGUUAUUUUGAGGUCCGAUAAACGACAGGAUUUCGCAUAUAGACAACAAAGUGGAUGAAGCAUAGUACACAGGUAAUACCACACAGGUAAACGCUAGUCACACACCUUCUUAUCUGCAAAAACCGGCCUAUGGUUCAGUGCCAUUACAGCCCGCUGAAACUAGAGCUAUUCAAUUUUCCUGAGUCGAGAGUUGCUUUUCAAAGGUACAAUAAGCUAAGCUAAACACCGAAGAAACAAUAUUAAUGGCUGGCACAGAAUAUUUUCGCCAAACCGCAGUUCAACCACGCGAUCACAUACCUGUCAACACCAUGCGGAAAUCACACAAUCACACACUUUCGCGGAACUGAUAAGGCUAUCCAAAACCACGCAUAAUCUUCUCACGUUUAACACAAGCGAAAUAUCAUCGAAUAACUCGGAAAAACUCAGCCCAUUGGUAGAUAAACACCUCUGGACUUCUCUCUUACACUCGUCUUAUUCAAGUUCCCGCAUGUAAAAUCACACGGACCGCAGACCAGCAUAGAUUUCGCUUUCACACCAGAAAAGUCUUGGGCCGGGUCAAAGUUCACCUGCAAUCGCGCUCACACCUAAUUCAUUUGACUCCUAAGAGCCUGCUCCCGAGGCCAAAGAUUUAGUGGCCGCCUUAGAAAAGCAAACAAAUUGUUUUCUUCAGCUGACACAAUCAGUAUAUAGUUUUUUUAAGAGGGGAUCUUGACAGGUUGGCAAGCAAGCGUGAAAUGAAAUCGUCUGUAUGAAAAUAUAAAUCUUAUGAAAAUGUACCCUGGCUCUGGAGGUCCGUUCUCUUGGAAUAACUAGAUAGGGUGAAAUAAACCGUGCGCACGGUUUGGUCGAGCUCCCGAGACGGACCUCUGGUGGUCACACGAGCAAGCAAUCAGUUCAGAAUCUGAAUUGGUUGUCGCCGAUUGGUCACUCCCAUGUCUGCAGCGAACUAUCAGAGAUAAGAUGAAAAUAAUAAUUAAAAAACACCCCGUAGCAGCCAGGGUAGUAAAAGUCUGGAUUUGAAAAAAAAAAAAGAAAAAGGACGUCACAGACUUAACCAGAUAUAAAGACCUGGACGCACACAUUUACUUGACUAAAAUCGGCGACAAAAUUGUUGAGAUAUUGCACUCAAAUGGAGUCACUUCAGGGAACAAAACAAUCCAAACCCCUCCCACCCCAAAUUUGGGGUGUUUGGUGUUUUCUACAGAUACUUCGAACAGCGACACAACCUGGCAUAGAGAGGAUGAGGGAAGGAAACCUUUAUUUUCCUUUUUGAAGUCGGUAAAACGUCAGAAUGCCCCUUUAGCUAGGGUAAAGUGGUCAACUAAUUUUGUCGCCGACUGUAGCCACUCCAUGGCCAGGAGAACGGAUAUCAUGCUUGAAUCUUUAUUGAGUACUUUAAAAGAAGAGGGAGCGUUCACAAGUCAGUGCCCAGCAAAAAUAUUAAUGGCUAACAAUCAUUCACUCGAUCGGGAGCAGGUCUCAAUCAGUCACAUACUCUAUUUGCCAUCUUUUUAAAGAGCAAAAACGUGUCUUCGCAUCGAUUGAAUUCCAAAAAUAAUUGUCCAGUUAUGUUAUUUUACAGACCUUAGGCGUUGAAUCUGUUCCUACUGAUAGCAAAGGAGUGAUUCCAAAAAGAAUUUGGCCAGCUAUUCUAAGGUGCUGAGGUUUAAUAAUAUGCCUGCAAAAAUCACCAAAAAAAAUAUUGUGGUUAGUGCUCCCGAUGAAAUUUGUUUGAUAACUUCUUCAUAGCUCAACAGUAACAUUUUGUGUCACGUGACUCAAGAUCAAGACACUAAGACUAUAGCAGGGAAUAGGCCACUUCCGAGUUCCAAAAACCCUCACUUUCAAAAUGAGGCUCGGUGCACAGCCUUUCUUGUGAAAAGAGUUUUAUUUGCAUGAGAAUGAAAAAUGAUUUCCGUAUCAAAGGCUGAGCACGUAACCUCGUUUUGAAACAGAGGCCCCGAGGAACUCGGAAAUGGCCUGUUAACCUACAACAAUAUAUCCUCGUGACAUUAUUGCACCUUUAAUGCAUUGUUAGUUGGUGUUUUUUGUUCCUCCAGCCCUAUCAACGAGUCCAACCCCUAGUAUAAUUACACCUUUGCCAGGUAUUCACUAGUUAAGUUUACUUAUUUUUCAUUGCACUCACUGCCUAUCUUCUCAUUGGCUAAGAGACUACCGUUAGUUAAUUUUGAAACUUAUCAUCGCAGUCCACAGAUUAGUGAGUUAUCUGGCCUCAUUUGUAUACACUGUGCUCGCAAUGCAUGAUUUCCAAACCAAACGUGCAAUGUCAAAAUGUGCUUCGUGCCACGGUGUGUUUUUCAAAACAGUUAGUUGUUGGAUUCGGUUUGUGUGAUAUUUGGAAUAAUCAAGGUCUCGGUAAAUGGUAUUAUCCGAGGCCGAUUAUUCUCACUACAAAAACUCAUCCAAUAAUUCAGUUUAUUAUGUUGGUCUGGCUGAAACUGCGUGAACAAAUAAAUUAAGAAUAGUUGUUAAGGAAAUAGUCAAACUAAAUUGAGUAACACAAACAGUGUUAGAUACUGUGGGUUUAGGUUGUGGCGAAUAAAUGAUAACUGUUACACAGACAAGCAAAGUUGCUGAUGCCAAACUCAAAUGCAUUGAUUUAAAUUUAAUUGCAGCCCAGUCUACACGCUUUCCAACAUCUUCUGUCUCGCUUCGAGAGUGUUUAGGGUGCGUUUCUUCACUAAAAUCCGACUCCGGAUUUUAACCCGAAAACGGAUGUUUCGUUUCUUUACUAAAAUCCAAAAACGGAUUAUUGAUCCAAAUGAUCCACAACGGAGGGGGAUUCUUUGGAUCAUAUCCAAAACCGGAUACUUUGGAUACACGAUCCGAAGCGUUUCUUUACUACGGAUCCGAAAAGAGUAAACAGUAUUGCCAGCGGUAACUCGAAACAAUUUAAUACAUACAUGAGCUUUUUUACAAGACUGGUUAUCUUUACGGCCAUUUUUGAACGGGAGUGAUGGAUUAAACGAUUGAUUUUAUCCGUUCUAUUGGGCUGGUAAAAUCGCAAUACGAACAGGACCAGCAUUGUUCUGGUGACAAGGAAAAAACUGCUACACAACUUCACCGUCGCGUCUUGCAAGACAUACCUUAUUUCAAGACUCGUCUUCAUUUGGCCCGUCUAAACCUAAAGCUAACCAUCCAGAAACAAUGAAGAAUCAGCAAACUUGCUACCUUGUCAGCAGCCGUAGUAUUCUUUCUCCGGGACACCGUCGAUAUUGAUAUUGUGGGUCGUUUCUAUGGAAAUGAAUAAAAAAUAAUCCCUUUCUGGAUACAUCGUUUCUUUUCUCUACGAAAACUCCUAAUGAUCCGGAUUUUUGAUCUGAUCAGUGCAUUUUAGUAAAGAAACGCACCCUUAAUUUCGCGAGUUUGGCAAAACAUUUAAGACGGAAUCCCAUGAUCAGGAAGGACAAAUUUGACAUUGAUUUAAUUUUCUCGAGCUCCCAUGAGAAGUAGCCCUUGGUGUUAUUACAGAUAACUAGUUAUAUCUAUAGCCUUUGAAAAAUGUAAACAAAAGAAUGCGAUAUUGUGUAAAUUAUUCUGGUACAAGGUUUUUUCCCACUGAAAAUAAAAAUUACUCAAUUUCCUAAUAGAUUUGGUCUUAAUGUAUUUCACGGUUUUUUUCCAUGGCGCGAUUUCAAUAGGAAAUAUGAAGAAAGGGAUUAAAUUUCGAGAUUCAAGCGUUCUCAACUUUAUUUUAUUUUUCAAAAAGUCCGAACUUUUUAAAAUUUCUACAGUAACUGGAGCAAGUUAAUCGCAUAUUUUAAGACUCUCCAUAUCUAGAUUGUUACUCCAUUUGUGAAAUCCUUGCUUGAAUUAACUCUAUUUCACAACAAAGAUACAAAAUAGUUACAAAAUUGAACUUACAAGUAAUAUGAACCAGUUAACAAUCUGAGAGCCUGGAGCAGGCUAGUGCAUAAAUUGCGGUAGUGGCAAAUCUCUUUUAAAUUUAUUAUUAGCUUUUCUCCACGAGGAAAUAAUGGGACAGGAGGGUAAACGCCCGGUCUAGCCCUUAGGAUAUGGGUUAUUUCACCAAAGUUAUAUAGACCAGAUAAACGCUUGAAAUUAAUCGGAAGUUGGUUUCUAGAGAGGUCCGCAAACUUUAAUUAAAUCAGUGUUGUCAAGAGAGAAUUCAACAGUCGCCAUUACAAUAUUGUGUAUUGUUUGCUUUGAGGCAGUCUCGUGUGGCUUGAUGAUGUUACAAACAAUCGAUUAAAAUGUGCGAACGUCUCAGGAAUUAAACUUCUGUUUAAUUGCAGUUACCUCUAAAAAUAACUUGAGUGAAAUUCAAAUAUCCCGGCCAACGCCCCAUGAUUCCCCCUUCUCUCUUGCUUCUGUUGUGAAUAGAAUCUCUUAAAGGGUGGCAAUUUCCUUCCCUAAACUCAGUAAUAUAACUAAAAUGUAACUCUUUUUUACGUCAGCUUUGAGAUUGGUUGGAGGAAGGUGGCCUGGAGAGGGUAGAGUGGAGAUCUAUUACCGAGGUAGCUGGGGAACUGUUUGUGACGAUUUGUGGGAUAUAAAUGAUGCGCGAGUUGUGUGUCGUCAACUUGGGUAUCCUUCUGCUGUCAGUGCUCCACACAGCGCCCGGUUCGGUCAAGGAAGUGGAAAGAUUUGGCUGGACGAUGUUCAGUGUCAGGGAAAUGAAAGUUCCAUUGGGAUUUGUAGGCACCUUCCAUGGGGUGUUCAUAACUGUUUUCACCGUGAGGAUGCAUCAGUGAUCUGUGCGAGUAAGUAUGAUAUUUAUAAAUGGUGA